AUGUUUGAUGCUACAGAUAUCGUCAUAUCGGGCAAGUCUCUUGUCUUUUGUGUUGAUCGUAGCCAUUUCUUUGAAGGUUUAUCCAUUAGCGGCGAAUGCUGA